GGAUGGCCAACGGUUAUUUGAGUAUGAAAAUAUUAUUACAAAAAAAUAGGAGGUUCUCUCCACUGCCUUCUUCCUUCCUUCCAUCGCCAUUUCUGAUCUAGCUUGCAGGUUAAGGUCGAAUUAGGGAUUGGACCACUGAGGUCUUAUCAUCUCCUCUCUUUCUCUCUCUUCAACUUCCAUCCCUGUAUAGCAAUGGAGUCAAGCCUCUCUUCACUGCACGAUCACCACCAUUUCUCUCCAAGCUUGAGCUUCCGAACCAGAAACCCUCUCCUCUCUCACUCUUCAAAACGCAGCUCCUUGAGGACUCUGAAGCUAGGGUUUCGAACCACUUCCACCGUUCCCUCCUCCACAGCUCAGGACAAAGCGGCCGCGAGCUCCGUCUACGUCCCCACCCCUCGGAAUCGAGACCUUCGAACACCUCACAGCGGGUACCAUUUCGAUGGAACGAGCCGGAAAUUCUUUGAAGGAUGGUACUUCAAGGUUGCGAUUCCGGAGCGGAGGCAGAGCUUCUGCUUCAUGUACUCCGUUGAGAAUCCUGCUUUCUGCAAGCCACUGACGGCGUUAGAAUUGGUUCAGAACGGGCCAAGGUCGACCGGGGUCGGUGCUCAAAUCCUGGGUGCCUACGACAAGUACAUUUGCCAGUACUCUGAAGAAUCUCAGAACUUUUGGGGAAGCAGGGAUGAGCUUAUGUUGGGGAACACUUUUAUAGCAGAAAAACAAUCAAAGCCUCCGAACAAUGAGGUUCUUCCGAAGGAAUUCGAUAGUAGAGUGACAGAAGGUUUUCAAGUCACCCCACUUUGGCAUCAAGGUUCCAUUCGUGAUGAUGGCAGGUCUGAUUAUGUAGAAACUGUGCCAAGUGCUCGCUGGGAAUACAGUACCCGCCCAAUUUAUGGAUGGGGUGAUGUUGGGUCUAAGCAGAAGUCUACUGCAGGCUGGUUAGCAGCUUUUCCUGUAUUUGAACCCCAUUGGCAAAUAUGCAUGUCUGGUGGAUUGUCAACAGGUUGGAUAGAGUGGGACGGUGAAAGAUUUGAGUUUGAAAAUGCCCCUUCUUAUUCUGAAAAGAAUUGGGGUGGAGCAUUCCCAAGAAAAUGGUUCUGGGUUCAGUGUAAUGUUUUUGAAGGCGCUACUGGAGAAGUUGCUCUGACAUCAGGCGGUGGUUUGAGGCAACUACCUGGGUUAACAGAAUCUUUUGAAAACGCUGCUUUGAUCGGAGUUCACUAUGGUGGAAAGUUUUAUGAAUUUGUACCAUGGAAUGGUGUUGUUAGUUGGGAAAUUGCUCCUUGGGGUUACUGGUCAAUUACUGCAGAGAAUGAAACACACAUGGUUGAAUUAGAGGCAACAACAGAGGAUCCUGGUACAACUUUGCGUGCUCCAACAUCAGAAGCUGGACUUGCUCCAGCUUGUAAAGAUUCUUGCUUCGGUGAUCUAAAAUUAAAAAUGUGGGAACGAAGAUAUGAUGGUAACAAGGGGAAGGUGAUAUUGGAUGUUACAAGUAACAUGGCUGCAGUAGAAGUUGGAGGAGGACCAUGGUUCAGUACUUGGAAGGUCAAAGCUACCACACCCGAGCACCUUAGCCGGGCUCUCAGAGUUCCCGUUGAUGUGGAAGGGAUGUACAAUCUGGUUCCAUUAUUCAAACCCGCUGGUCUGUAGCCCAUUGAACGGUGCUUUGUUGACGUUCAGACUUGUUCACCGUUGUCUUUUUCCAUCAGAAGAGUGAAAACAACCCUGCAGAUGAGCUUAACAUUUUUGAAGCCCAGUUCGGAGUCAUAACAAUGAGAUCGUGUCGGUUUCUACACAUUUUCAGUUCCUAAGGAACGAAACCAAUGUUGGUUAAUGGUUAUCCUAAGUUUAUAAAUCUUUGGUUCAAACCUCCAAGGAACUAACUCUUGGUUUUGAAAUAAUGUGCUCUUGAUGCUGCUCUCACUCGCUCAUCAUAAGCUAGUGGUAGCCUUUGUAGCUGUAUUGGUACGUGUCGCGAGCGGCCUUGUGUCACUUGUUGUAGCGGCCGGCCUAUUCGUCGCGUGUUGUUACCAAAUCUGUAUAAAUUGUAUCAGGUGGUUAGGGACGAGUACAUGCAUUAGAGUUUGCAUUUGAAAUUUCUUUGGGAGGAUGGGGCAGGUGGUAUGGUACUACAAGGAAACAUUAUCUGAUUAACAAGUAUAUGUUCAUGCAUGCCCUCAAAUUAGGCCCAUUUCUCAAACAAUGCGUUAUUCGUUUGAGAUACCGUUACUAUAAUUUACCUAGUAUAAGUAACUUCUCACCUGAGAUUUGAAAA